AUGACCAUGAUAGCCGAAGAACGCCGCCUUCAACUUGUCGAGGAACAACGUCGCCUUGCUGCUUCUCGUGGUUUUACUAUUGAUUACCAGCAAGUGCAAGAAAGCCAGGAAAAUGUUAUUUGUCACAAAGAGCUUGCACCUACUACCCACGAGAAAUAUGACCGGGCAGUAGAAAACUGGACACUCUGGAGACUCUCACGGAAUGAGUCGAGGGAAAAGAACUUUUCCAAGGACGAGCCAGACCCUUCACCUCAAAUCCUAAAAUCGUUUGCCGAAUACUAUAUUGCUACUCGCAGAAAACUUCCGUCCCGGAAGUCAGCAUGCCAUAAUCUGACCAGCUUUACUUCACGUUGGGAACGCGAAACAUCGCGAACCUUGCCUCUUGACUAUAUACGGAACGUACUCACAGCGAAAUAUGGGCUCCCUACCAAACCGAGGGAACGAGCCUUAGUAACGGCCCAGGACAUUGAGUAUCUGCUUCGCCACCUGUUUGAGAAAGACAACCAUGACUAUAUACACGAACGAGCCAGAGUCCAGACAGGAUCUUCACUCUCCCUCUUUGCCGGCUCGGGAGCCCGGGCAGGUGCUAUCGUUGAGUCAAGUUCCUAUCGAAACUCAAAUGAGUGCCUCUAUUACAGGCACCUGACUUUUAAUUUGAAAUGGAGUAAGAAUGGGCUCAUUAAACGGUGGGUGACCAUUGAUCCCGAAUUCUUAAAAGGAUGGCGUUACCGAGACGAUACCACGUUGCCCAAAAAUUGGUUCCGAGAACAUCCUGUGCUGGGAAUGAAUUUUGUAUUCUGGGUAAUUGUUCAUGGUAUUGCAGAUGGCGCAUUUAAGGGAAUCUCGUCAGUCGACGAUCUCUUGGGAAAGCGACCGCCUGUGGGAAGAGAGUCGUGGACCCUGCAAUGGUCUGAAUCGGCAAGAGAUCUUCCAUUCUUCCGCAUGGUCUCUCCCAAAGGGCCUAAAGCAGACAAAGCGUUGACGUUUUCGUCCCUACAUCAUAACUACACCGAGCUGGCUGAGCGAGACGGAUUCAAAGAUGUGCUACGAGUCCACGCCAAGGCAUCCGAGGCUACACGAGGCCAGGCGCUUGACCAUCAAAACCAUGACACUUAUCUUAAGUACCAGUCGGCACUGAAGUCUCUGGACGUACAAGCUUUGUUCUACGAUCUGGACCCGGAUUAUGAGUGUCGCGACAUGGAACAGAGUAUGGCCCAUCAUCGAGAUCCAAACGUUCCACAACACCUUAACGCCGCCGCCCUUGCUGAGUUUGAGCGUGAUGAAGAGGUUGUAUCUCUGAAUGAGAGAAUCGCAGAACUUACCAAACAAAUUGCGGGACAUCCCGAGUUGCAUAAAACCCUUGUCGUCGAAAGAAACAGACUCUACAGUAAGAAAGCAAAGAAGCUUGAGACUAAACGGUCGGAGUUCAUUGCACAAUGGUGGGAUGCUUCUUAUGAUGAGUAUAUUGCCGGAAACGACUUCACAGAGCGCGAUACGACAUCUUUGCUCUACAAGACCGUGCGAAACAUCUUCUGCAAUGUCGAAGGAAAUCCUUAA